AUGGUCGUGGUGAUUGAUUUGAGUGUACAGAUGGAGAUAAAGAUGGAGAAGGUAAAACAGAUGUAUGAAAAGAAGACUGUUGGAGAAUCUGGUGGCGUAUGGGCCCACUUAGAUGGGGCCAACAAAGGUGGUAACUGCAGGGAUGAAAUAUUGGCUGAUAUUCAACAACAGAGUGUAUAUGAUGAUACCAAUUACAAUUGUACCACCACUGCUAGCUUGCCUCUUACUGAAACCACUAUUACCACCACUACUACUACCACCACCACCUCCACCACCGCCACAAGUUAUGGCAACGAAAAUGAAACCGGAUCACAAUCGAAUAUUCUUGCAGUUGAAACUGAUCCAGAAGUGGCUGAUGGUGCUAAUGGUGAUGGUGAUGGUGAUGGUGGUGGUGGUGGUGCUAUUGCUUACUACAGCUGCUUUGAAUCAAGAAUAUUGCAAAGUCCUCAUACGACAGCCGCGUCUUUCUUUCCGUACCUUACUACUAGCUUUCAUCGCGGUUCACAAAUCUUCGAGAAGAAAUCUUACCCAGAUAAUGAUGACGAUGACGACUGUGAUAUGAAUGCUGUUGAUGACGAUGAUAAAUAA